CUAAGAGGGGGCGCGGCGACGGCGGUAGCGGCGGCGGCGGCGGCGGCAGUAAUCUUGCAGCGGGUCUCGCAGACCAUCUCGCGGCCGCUUUCCAGAUAUGGAUCAAAAGCUUAUUCAGUUAGUGGAGGACCUCACCACUUCAGGAGAACCACAGCUGGAUCCUGAAAAAAUGAAAGAAGUGAAGAAAAUCUGCAAAUCUUCAGAGGAGCAUAUCAGUCAUGCUUACCAUUUACUCAUGACUCAGUUGAAUCAAGAACAUGCUGAGAUACGUUUCUCAGCUUUUCAGAUUGUGGAUGAGCUCUUUACCAGGUCACAUCAAUUUCGGACACUAAUUAUUUCCAACUUCCAAGAAUUCCUCGAACUCACAGUGGAAACAGACUAUGAACAGCCUCUCCCUCCCCCAAAAGAAGUAGCCCAGAAAUUGAAGAAAGCUGCCCUCAAAUCUAUUACAGAAUGGAAUGAGAAAUAUGGAGACGCCUACAAGAAGCUUUCUCUUGGAUAUCAUUUCCUAAAAUAUAACAAAAAGGUGGAUUUUCAAGAUGUUAGUGCCAGGACUUUGGCUGAAAGAAAAAGGGACGAGGAGAAGCAAAAACGGUUAGACAGCAUCUAUAAAGAAAGGGCCAAAAGAAUGGAAAAAGAAAUGCAAGAAAUGUCUGAAGAAAUUGAAAUGUGCCUGACAGAGAUGGAGAAUUGCUUCAGACUAUUAAUGCCCUUUGAUUUCACCAUGAGAGAUGUGGAGGUAGGAGCGGUACCAGCUGAGGCUUCUAGGGCAGACAGAGAUGUCUCGUCAAUGGCCUUGAAUGGGGCAGCCACACGUGGCCCAGUAACUGGCUUGAGGCCUGAUGACCAGGAGCAGCCUUGUUGCAGCAAAGACUUACUUCCCCCAUCUCUCUGCCUGAAAGAGGCCGGAAGCAGAGAUUGGCCAAUGAGGUCAAGGCCUCCAGAACCAAAGGAGAUGGAGCACAGGGAAUGUGUGGAAGAUGAUUCCGAUUCUGAUGAUGAUGACGAUGACGAUGACUACAAUGACGAUGAUGACGAUGAUGACGACGAUGACGACGAUGACGAUGAUGAUGGCGAUGGUUAUGGAGAAGACUUUAUAAGAAGCCAUGGUCUUGGCUCACAUAAGUACUCCCUAAACUUGGAAAUCCCCACAGAUUUGCAAGUCCACGAGAAUGAAGAUAACAGGGCUGUGGUCAACAGUGUCAUGGACGGACUUAAACUCAUCAACAAUAAGUUCCUACCCUCUGUUCUGUCGUGGAUUCAGCUGUUUACUCGAGCAGGGAUUCAUGACGAACGUCUGAAACGUGCCAUUGAUCUUAAGAAGAAAUUAGAGAUUGCUGUUGGAAAAUAUAAGGAAAUGAACAUUGAAUCUGAAGGAAGAAAAAGGAAAAUGAGGCGAGCCUUAGAUGCUGACUCCGAUGAAGAUGAAGAUGAAGAUGAAGAUGAAGCGGAUUUUGUGGAGGUACCCGAGAAGGAAGGUUAUGAGCCCCACAUUCCAGACCACCUGCGGAAGGAGUAUGGGUUGGAGCCCCUGUCACAUCCGUCAACCCCGAGUAAGGGAGGAGGAAUGAAGUCAGGAGGUCUCAGCUCAGCUGCUCAGCUAAGAGCCAAUGAAGACGAAUUGGACCCAACCUGUGCUGCAGCUACCCUGAGGGUGCUCCGAGACAGGCUCCCCAUGUUCUCUCCCCUGGCCAGCAGUGUAUCAGGAAGUGCCCCAGCAGCUUCGAUGGAAGAGGCUGAUGAUAGCCAGAAAAGGAAGCUAACAGAAGAGCGAGCAAGAGCACCUGUGAUGCCCUUUGGGAUGGACCUUUACUACUGGGGAGAGGAGCAGCCCACAGCUGGGAAGAUCCUUAAAUUUGGCUCUGAACAUCGGUUCUGGAAGCCAAAUGAGACAGAAGAGGAAGUAGAAAGUACAGAAAUUGCUGAGAUGUUGAAGAGCCGCUAUAUCACCUUUGCUGGCAAGUUUGAGCCUGUGAAGCACAAGUGUGGGGCCCUGAUGCCCAACGGGAGCCUCUGCGAGAGGCAGGAUCGGCUGAAGUGCCCAUUCCAUGGGAAAAUCAUUCCGGAUGAACGUGGAAAUCCUAUCAACCCAGAAGACAGAGCCAGAGAGGAAAAGAAGAAAUUUGAGAAGCAAGCACAGCAUCCAGAGUGGCAAGAUGUGGAGUUUAUGAAGGAAGUUGAAGCGGCUACUGGAGUGGACCUUGGCUCUGCCAGGUACGGUAAAAAAGGGACAGAGGGGAAAAGCAAAGGAAAGAAAAAGAAGUACCCAAAUCUGACCGACUUGAAGCAGCAAACCAAUACGUCCCGGGCAAGGAUUGGGAAAAAGGUCUUUGACAAAGGAUCGGUGAAACGGGUGAUAAAAGCUAUGAAUCGUAUGGACCAGAAGAAGCACGAGAAAUUUGCCAACCAGUUUAACUACGCAUUAAAUUAAAUUGUUUCCAAACUGAUCCCUGAGGAUAGGACACAAUCCUCAUGGGAUGGAACUAAGUGAUGGUGGAAUCUGCCAAGACCUCCACGUAGCGUCUUGCAGCCUGGGCUUUGCCCUGCCUCUCCCAGUCAAUGCAGCAGUUUGUUCCAUCUGUUAAUGCUUUGAGAUUUGAUAAUGAACAUGCUUUUUAGCAAUAACACCAGGGACAGACACAAUUGUGUGUAUUUAACAUCAACUAGUAACUCCUUGGACUUGACACUAAACAUAAUGAGCUUUAUGGAAUGUCCUGUACAUAUGCUAAUUAAAAUUCUAGGGGCUUUUCCUUGCUCAUGGGUUGAUGCAAUCAACUCUCCCAGUCUUUGGGGCCUCAUUGAGGCUCAUUGAGUGUGUGGAUGUCCAUCAUGUCAGCCCCCAGCUGAAGUUCUUGAAAUCUUGCCCACCACAUCGGGUAUAGUCCCUGGUGCUACCUGUGCUUGGACUUUGCCAAGCAUGGCUUGGAGAGGGACUGCCUGCUUUUAAAAGGGUACUCUGGAAGUAAAUUGGACUAUGGCUACAUCAGUUUUGAGUUGAUAUUGGGGCUGGGGAGAAACGAAUUUGUAUAAUAUUACACAGGACCACAUUUGUCACUGUGACGCUCUUUAUAAUUUUCCUGAGCCUUACAUGAAUUUUAAAUUAUUGUUUGUAAUAAUAAUUAUUAGUAUUAACUAUUAUAAUGAAUAAAAACUACUGUUAAAAUGA